AUGGUAUACAAUUCAAAUCAUAACAAUAAUUGUGUUAGUAACUGUAGUAGAAAAUGUAUUCUUAUAAUAUUACUAUUACUCAAUGCACUUAUUGGUGUUAUUUAUUAUAUUCACGGACAAAAAGAAGAUGACAUAGAUGCAAAUGUGAUAGCGACAAAUACUCUCCUUCAUCGUCGACAGCAUAGUCCAUAUGGAAUCAAAACAAUAAAACCAAUUGAAUCUAUUAAAAAGAUACUUGAGAAGGAAUACAAUCGAGAUGACUUGAUGAAUUUUUAUAAUCAUGUACAAAAAGAAUAUUCAUUAGGAUUGAAAUGUACAAGAAUAAAAAGCACACCGGCAACACUGAUUAAAUUGAAUGUUACUAAACAAAUUAAAAACAAUACUAGAAUAAUCAGUACGAAAUUCAGUUCGUUAGUUUCUUCAACGACGCGUUCAUAUUCUCGUCGUUUUCAACGUACCAAUCUUCAUACAUUUAUAAUAGACAAUUCGAAUGCAUGUCUAAAUGAAUACGUAGAUUUAGUAAUAAUAAUUAUGUCAAAGUCAAAUAAUUUUAAAACUCGUGAUGCAAUUCGUCGUACAUGGGCAUCAGGAAAAGAUCUUGGCAUUUAUUCGUCAAUAAACAUAAAAUAUUUCUUUCUUAUUGAUUUCGAUGAAAAAUUAAGUCAUAAUAUGCGCCUUGAAAAUAAUAUCUUUCAUGAUAUAAUUCAAGUUGAACUACCAGAACAAUAUACAUUAGUUACACAACGUGUUUUAUCACUCAUUGAAUGGUCAUUUCGGUACUGUCGUACAGCAAAAUAUUUAUUUAAAACCGACGAUGAUAUCUUUGUUAAUUUAAUAUUACUUUUAAAAUUUAUUUCAUCGUUGAUUAAAACACCGACGAACAAUUCUUUUUUAAUAUCCGACAUGAAGAUUUAUGGUUAUCAACAUAUUAAAGCUACUGCAUUUCGUCAGGCAAGUGAUCCCGUCGGAAUUCGAUAUAUUGUUACAGUUGAUGAAUAUCCAUGUAAAUUAUAUCCGACGUUUCUAUCAGGUUUUGGUUAUUUGAUAUCGAAGAAAGCAAGAGAUGCUAUUCUCUAUGCUGCUUAUCAAGAUGUGGAACCAUUUCGAAUAUCCGAUGUUUACUUCACUGGUAUUAUCCCUGAUUAUCUAUCGAUUCCACGACAGCCACUCUCAAAUUAUAGUAUUAGAUUCUUCGGCACUUGUGACAAUUUUUUUAAUCAUCCAACAGCAUUUGCAUGUGCAGGCAGUAGUCAUCAUGGUAAUACAAGUGAUACUUUUAAUAAAUUUAAUCAAUAUUGGCAACUUGUCAAGCAGAAGCAUCGAAUUUUUUCUUAA